AUGGCACCUGCAGCCCCGGAAUUUAACUAUAUGCCUAAAGAUGACCCUAUCGGUAUCAGAGCGGUGUUACUUGGACCUCCCGGUUCUGGCAAGGGCACUCAAGCUCCUUUGCUGAAGAAAAAAUUCUGUGUAUGCCAUUUAUCAACUGGGGAUAUGUUACGAGCGGAGGUAGCAUCAGGCUCGGAGUUGGGUCGUCGUUUGAAGCAAGUUAUGGAUGAAGGAAAACUUGUGUCGGAUGAAAUGGUUGUUGACAUGAUUGAUAAGAACCUUGACAAACCUGAAUGUAAGCAUGGCUUCCUGUUAGAUGGAUUCCCUAGGACAGUGCCACAAGCUGAAAAGCUUGAUGAUCUCCUGGCUAAAAGGAAAUCGGCUCUCGAUUGCGUUAUCGAGUUCAAUAUUGAAGACAGCUUGCUAGUCCGCAGAGUCACUGGACGUUUAAUUCAUCCCGCGAGCGGUCGCAGCUAUCACGAGGAGUUCCAUCCUCCUAAGAAAGCUAUGACUGAUGAUGAAACCGGUGAACCUUUGAUUCGAAGGUCCGAUGACAAUGUUAAGGCCUUGCAGAAGAGAUUAGCUACAUAUCACAGCCAGACAGUACCUCUAAUCGAUUAUUACAUGAGGAAAGGUCUGCAUUACAGGAUAGACGCCUCAAAGUCUGCCGAGACAGUCUUUGACAAAAUCGACAACAUUUUCAAGACUCAGAUCUUUGGUAGAGCAAGAUCAGCAUAA